AUGCAGCCUGAGGAAUACAACCGCAGAGGCAAGCAGAUGGUGGACUACAUCACAGAAUAUCUGGUCUCCAUUAGGGAGAGAAGAGUGAUACCAGAUGUGAAGCCAGGCUACUUGAGGGACCUCAUGCCUGACUCGGCUCCAGCAGAACCAGAGGAUUGGGACAACAUCUUCAGCGACAUUGAAAAGGUCGUCAUGCCCGGAGUGGUUCACUGGCAGAGUCCUCAUAUGCAUGCAUACUAUCCCAGCCUGACAUCAUGGCCCUCAAUGCUGGGAGACAUGUUGGCUGACGCUAUCAACUGUGUUGGAUUUACAUGGGCCUCCAGUCCGGCAUGCACCGAGCUGGAGAUGACUGUGAUGGACUGGCUGUGCAAAGCAUUGGGACUCCCCUCGUUCUUCCUCCAUCAUCAUCCCAGCAGCAGAGGCGGUGGAAUACUCCAGGGCACGGUCAGUGAAAGCACGCUGGUUGCACUCCUGGCAGCCAGGAAAGACAAGAUUCUGCAGCUGCGUCCAGAGAUUGACCAAGAUGUUGACGACUCAGUCCUCAAUUCCAAGCUGGUGGCCUACGCUUCCGAUCAGGCCCACUCCUCGGUUGAAAAAGCAGGGCUCAUCUCUCUGGUGAAGAUCAGAUUUCUGCCCACUGAUGAAAAGUUGUCUUUGAGAGGAGAAGCUCUGAAGCAAGCGAUCGAUGAGGACCGGAUGAAUGGACUUGUCCCCUUUCUGCUUUGUGCAACGUUGGGUACGACUGGAGUUUGUGCCUUCGACAAGCUCUCCGAGCUGGGCCCAGUUUGUGCAGAAGAAGGACUCUGGCUGCAUGUCGACGCAGCGUACGCUGGUUCUGCCUACUUCUGUCCUGAGCUGCGCUGGUCUCUAGAUGGCAUCGAGUUUGCCAACUCUUUUGUUUUCAACCCCUCGAAAUGGAUGAUGGUGCAUUUCGACUGCACAGCAUUUUGGGUCAGGGACAAGUACAAGCUCCAGCAGACCUUCAGUGUGGAUCCUGUUUACCUGAGGCAUGAAAACUCUCAAGCAGCUACGGACUUCAUGCACUGGCAAAUUCCUCUGAGUCGGCGUUUCCGUUCACUCAAGCUCUGGUUUGUUCUGCGAUCGUUUGGACUGAAAAAACUUCAGGCCCACAUAAGACACGGUGUUUCGAUGGCAAAGCUUCUGGAGUCCCAGAUAAAGAAGGAGGCCCAUUUUGAGGUUCCUGCAGAGCGCCAUCUAGGCCUUGUGGUCUUUUCUCUGACGGGUGGAAAUGCUCUGACGCAGGAGCUACUGAGGAGACUAACUCGAUCUGGCACCAUGUACUUGAUCCCUGCUGACAUUUACACCAAGCGCAUCAUCAGAUUUACGGUGACAUCACAGCACACCACUGCAGACGAUAUCCUGAGGGACUGGAAGAUCAUUUCUAACACCGCGGCUGCUCUCCUGGCUGAGAAGAAGUCCCUGGAUAAGGUGUAUCAGCCAACGCUAGCAGAAGAUCAUGUGACUGGAGAAGAGGAUAACCAGGAAGCAAAGUCGGAGGAGACACAGGACGCUGCUUCCACAAUGGACAAGGCCCAAGUGGAGCUGUGGAUCGAUAAGGCCUGGAACCGACCGAGGCGGCCCAUGCGUUCCCUGAGCUGCAGCAGCGAGCCGCUGCCAUAUAACUACUUCGGUCCUCUUUCCGGCCAGUCCAAGAUGGCAGCCCUGGGGACUGGUGCAGUGGAAGAGAAGGCAGAGAUGCAGUCUAAUCUUGCUGGUAAAGAAGUCCUGAAAAAGCUGACCAAGUUCAACAGUGUGCCGAGUUUCUGCAACCCAUGGGUCCAGUGUGGACGCCACCAGCUCUGCUGCCCUCGCAAAGCCUCUCCUGCUGCCCCCAAACACUGCAGACGGGCAAACUAUACCUCUCCUUCCAACAUGAUCAACGCCACCCCCUCUGCUACACCACUGGAGACCACAUCUGUGCCCGAACUCCUGUAG